UCUCUUAGGGCACAGUCUGGGGAACUACUAUAUGGGCAACCUUUGGAGAAGCGGAAAUGAAAGCGUUAAAUCAGAUUAGGCCCCGCCCCUCGUGGGCGGAGCUCCAGGGGAAGAGGUCUGUGGAACUCUGGGAGACGACUCCGCUGCUAGGAGUAGCCAUUUUGCUUAUGUUUUAUUUGAAGAUUGAGCCCCAAGGAGACUUCUUCUCGCACCUGAGACAUGUCAGCGGGCAUCACUCUCACAAGAGCAAAUGUCUUGUUCCGGCAACAUCUUUUUACGCUCCUGGACAACCCCAGUCGCACCAUCCAUGCUUCCUGCGCUGCAUUCGCCGGACACAACAAAUGGUCUAAGGUCAAACAUGUGAAAGGCCCAAAAGACACUGCUCGGUCCCGCCUUUUCCAAAAGCUCACCAUGAUGAUCCGACUGGCAGUCAAAGAAGGAGGCCCCAAUCCAGAAUUGAACAGUAAUUUAGCCAACGUUAUUGAACAGUGUCGGAGCAAAAGUAUGCCAAAAUCUUCCAUUGAAGCAGCAAUCACUGGUGGGGAUAAAGCCAAGUCCUCAUACCUGCUCUAUGAAGCACGAGGCCCUGGUGGUUCCUCCCUGCUUAUCGAGAUACUGACAGACAAUGCCAAGAGGUCCUUCCAAGAAAUCCGCCGUCUUUUGAGCCAACACGGAGGCAUGUUUGCUGAUGGGGCUCGGCACAGUUUUGAGAAGAAGGGGGUUGUGACUGUGAGCAAGGAAGAUCGGUCCAGCAGUCCAGUCAGUCUGGAUCAGGCCCUCGAGUUGGCUAUUGAAGCUGGAGCAGAAGAUGUCCAGGAGGAAGAGGAUGAAGAAGGGAAGAUGAUAUUAAAGUUUAUCUGUGCAGUGCCCACUUUGCGCCAGGUCCGUGAAAAACUCGAGUUGCUGGGCCUGUCUUCAAUCUCAGCCAGCCUUGAAUUUAUCCCAACUGUUAACACUCAGCUUACUGAUGAAGAGAUGGAGCGGACGUCACAGCUGCUAGAGGCACUCCGAGACUGUCUGGAUGUUGUCCGAGUGUAUGACAACAUUGUCUAGAUUUACAAGCCUUCCUUGGUAGUAUCUCUUUGCCUCUGAAUGGGAGCUGCCAAAGACUUGUUGAUGGAGUCUUGGGUUACUUUUUGUUUGACCUUUAAAGGAGGACAAACCUGGGAUGACUUUUCUAACUGAUUGAUUGGCAGCCAUGAGUGAGGGUUACUUAACAUGUUUUUGAAGUUUCACCUCACUUUUUCUGGGUUCCCUUCUCACAGUACCUGACCUGAAGACUGGCUGACCUGGUGUACAGAAAGGAAUGGUUUGUGAAACAGUUGUGGAUGCUGGCAAAACAUGCUAGAUAGAAUUUGGGAAUCCAGCCUUUUUGUACACUGACAAACAUCAAUGAGUGUUUACCAAGAUGGACAAAGUGCAGCCCACUGGCCAUGUGCAGCCCCACAGAGCUGUUUUUGUGGUCCCUGAAACAGUCAAAAAUAUAUUUUUUAAAUACCUAAAUGCUUUCUAGAAAGUGUGGAGGCGUUUUCACCAUGUUUUUGUUCCCCCAAUGGCCAAGUUAAAACCAGGAGAGGAAAGCAUUUUUCUAGAAAGCAUUUUUCUGAAACAAGAAGUGACAAGGAAGUGACUUCCAUUUACACUCUGUUGUUUAAAAAGCCUCUUUUUGAGCCUAAAAACACGACAAAAAUGCUUCCAAAGCCACUAGAAGGGGUUUGGAGACAAACAAAAUUUUAAAACCCUCCUUCCCACACCAGUAUAGAUGGGUGGUGUUGCAGCCCUCCAAGGUCUCCUGGGAGCCCAAUGCAGUUGCCUAGCCUUCCAGAGUUGCCUUCCCUGAUCUAAAACCAGAACUUGAAAAUGUUCUGCCUAACCCCCAUCCUUUUGUUGAAGCUGUAGUGUCCUCUAGUGGAAUAAAAUCUGUGCAUCAAU